AGCCUGAUAGGUGAUACCGACACAACCUGACACCAGCAACAAAGGCACACUGCCUUCUUUUGCUUCUUCGCUGGUGGCUUCUGUUCUGUAUACUAUAGUCGCUCCAACAGAGAAGAGAAGGAAUGGCUGCCGAAGAUGGUCACGAUCAUCGACUUGCCAGAAUUGCUUCUUCAAUUCGAGUCAUCCCGGACUUCCCUAAACCAGGGAUUAUGUUUCAGGAUAUAACCACCCUACUUCUUGAUACAAAGGCAUUUAAAGACACAAUAGACAUGUUCGUAGAGAGAUAUAGAGACAAAAACAUAUCUGUUGUUGCAGGAGUUGAAGCAAGAGGUUUCAUAUUUGGUCCUCCUAUUGCAUUGGCUAUUGGGGCAAAAUUUGUUCCUCUAAGGAAGCCCAAGAAGUUGCCUGGGGAGGUUAUCUCAGAAGAGUACUCACUGGAGUAUGGAACAGACAAAAUGGAGAUGCAUGUAGGAGCUGUAGAGGCAGGAGAACGUGCCCUUGUUAUUGAUGAUCUCAUUGCAACAGGGGGCACUUUAGCUGCUGCAAUCAAGCUAUUGGAACGUGUUGGAGUGGAGGUCGUUGAGUGUGCAUGUGUCAUUGAAUUGCCAGAGCUAAAGGGCCGGGAGAGGUUAGGAGACAAACCACUUUUUGUCCUUGUAAGUGCGGUUUGAUCUUGUAAACUUCACCGCAGAGGAUUUCGUAUUGUAUGCCCAUAAUAAUCAUUUCAAGCUUUCUUUCUAUUUGAGAAAGCCCAAAGGUGUUGAAAAUUGAAGAGAUUUAGUUUGAGGAAAGGAAGUUCGCACUGAGAGGGCACUUUCUUAAUUUAAUUCUUACAAGAGACCCGGAAAUCCUAGGUAGUUGGGAUAAUGAUUUGAUUGUGAUACCUGACAAAAAGUUUGUGGACAUUUAGCUCAACAUAUUCAAAUAACAAGUUCAUAAUAGUACGACUUUGUUAAUCCCAAAGAGAUUAGAGAUGUGUAUGCCUCUACUAUUAAGCUGUGUAAAAAUAGUAUUGGCUUAGCAACAUUGCAGGGCGAAUUACGGUUC